AUGAUGCGUGAGGAACUAUCAACGUCGGCAGAUGACGAGCUGGCCACUACUUCUACGAGUCAAAUGAACGGGGAUCCACCACCAAAGAAAGGUAUCUUGAAGCGACCGUCAGUGGUGGGCGAUGAAAAAAGAGACAAACUCUUUCCACUACCAGGAUUUCGAUCAUCACCUGAUAGGUUUCCUGAAAAAGGGACGACACGAAUACCAAAACUACAAGUUACAUGGUGGGAAAAGAAUGCAGUCGCAUUUAUCGGUGAAACAAGCGACGAGAACAACACAGAUUCUGAACAUCUGAUGCGAGACCUUGGAAAUGGCCGACGAGAAGAAGAGAGAAAUCCAAGAGCUUUACAAAUACGACAAACUGCGAUUCUAGAUUCUGAAGAUUCAGAUUUCAACGAGUCAGAUAUGAUCGCCCAAUUCCAGACGCCUGACAUAGACGACGUAAUGAGCGUGACUAGUUCCACAUGUAGUUCAGCAUCGGCUAUCGUCGGACGUUGGUGGAAUGGAAAAGAUACUCGAUACGUACCUCAUUGUCAGAAGAAGGGAUGCAAUCAUAAGCAUCAUGAUCUGCAGGGAGAAUACAUCACACCGACUCAAAGGAGAAAUAAGGAGUUGGCAGAGUUGAAAAAGGAGCUCCGGCAAGCGUUGUCAGAAAGAGAUGAGAAGGACAAACAUCUUUCAGAUUUGCGAGAUAAAGUGAAGGAAAUAGAAAUAUUUAACGAAACUCAACACACACUAGCUGAAGGUCAAAAAAUGAUGAGGAAGGAGCAGUUGGAAAAAGAGGCGAUCGAAAGAGAAAAGAAGUUACUGGAAAAGAAGCAUGCAGUGAGAGUGAAUCAGCUGAUUCAAGAAACUAUGACUGCAAGAGAAGAAGCUGUGAAGUUGACAUCACGCGUUGCUUACCUAGAAGAACAACUGAAUCCACCAAGGUCCGAUGGUGAAACACAAACAGACGAAGUGGAACGAGAAUUCUAUCUGCGACAAAACCCGCCAGACCCAACUGAUGCUAAUCAGAAUGGAACUUUAGUUUCCCAAACAAUUCAAGCCGACCCUUCGACCCCAUUAUCCAUCAUUGCCACCCAACCAGACCUUCACAGUCCCAGCCCAAUGAUGAUUCCCUUAGUGACAAGAGAUAACAAGAAUCAAACGAUUUAUUGUAGUCAAGAAGCAUUGAACCACAUUCAGGCUUGCCAAAACGAAGCCUUCAUUUGGAGAAACAAAGCUGCACAACUGGAAAUUGUUGCUAAAGAUCAGCUAAUGAAAAUCCAACAGCUCGAAGAAGUGCUCCAAAAAGCCAUGGAACCACCGCCAGAGAGCCAUAUCACAAUGACACCAUCCGCGUUCAUUGUGGAAGACGUUUCAAACACUAACAAAGAAGAAGACCCUCACAAUGUAAAUUUUUCAAAUUUCAUUUCGAUUUGCUACAUCGUAUUUUUUUUAUUCCAGGACCCCAUUAUCAUCACUGAUUGUAAUUUCGCAGCCUGUCUGGAGACUAAAAAUUUGAUGAAAAAUGAAAUUGAGAAUCUUCGACAAGUUUUCUCGGAAGCCAAAUUUAGAAUAGAGGAGAUGGAAGAAGAUGCAAGCAUUUUCCGGCGAGAUCUUGAAAAAGCAGAUGACGAUAGACUGAAAUUGGAAGCCGCUUUGAAAGAAUCAAAUGAGGACAUUGACUCGAAAGCAGCUGAAAUUGUUGCCUCCCUGAAUACAGCCAAUCGACUACAGCACGAAAAAGACCAAAUGCAACAUGCUAUUUCCUAUAUGGAGGAGAGAAUGCAAGUCUAUCGAAACACAAUUCAAGAUCAUCAUUUGGUAGUGAGUGAUGAGAAAAUGGAAGAUUGGAGGAAAACGAUUUCUGAUCCAAGGUACCAAGUCAUGCAUUCUAAAGUGGUUCAAACAACAUUAACAUCUCAACAGCUCUCCGAACACGAGUCGGACUUUUUGAGUACUCAGAAAACCUUGCACGAACUCCAAAAAGAGUACAGUGCCAAAAACACAACGCUGGUCGACAAGUUUAAAGAAGUCGAGGAGAUUUUAUUGGCUAAAACCGAACUUGUGGAUGCUCUGACCAAACAGUUGGAAGAUAUCAGAAAGGAGCAGACUAAAGAACUCUCAUUGAAACAAACCGAACGAGAUCAGUACAAAAAAUCACUGGAAGAAAUGACAUUAAUUGCUGAAAAAGUUCCGGUUCUGGAAGCGGAAAUCAUGCAGCUUUCAAAAGAUAAAAAUGAGAUAUCAGCUAGACUGAAACAUGAUCAAGAGUAUUUUGAGGACGAAUUAGCUAAACUUCUCAACGAUUCGAUGAAUAUCAAAAAAGAGCGAGAUGACUACUUGACUGAACAUAUCCGCGCUAAUGAAGCAAUGAUAGAAAGGCUCAAAUUGGAAAUCACUGGAUUAAAGAAAGAUCUAGAGGACCAGAAGAUGCAAGCACAUUUGCAAAAAGCAGAACUCGAGAAAAAACUGUCAAGUACCAUCGAUCACGUUGAGCAACUCAAGAGCAAGAAAAUCCUUAGCUGUAUUUUGAUUUUCCAGGCCGCCCCAUCACAGCGUGAUGUAGAAUGUCAAGCUAUUCCACGCCAAAUCAACAAGUACGUUGGAUGUAAGCCAAAUGUGAAAAACAAGGAAACGAUUAUAGAGAAGGUGAGAAACAAGCAUGAAAUACCUGGUGCGUUAUUUGAUGAAAAUGAGGAACGACUGAGAAUCUGUAAAGCUGAAUUGGACACAACACGCCGCCAGGUUACAGUACUCCAACAAAAGCUGGUUUCCAUCAUUCAACAGCAAGGCUCACAGAAAAUCAAAAAAAGGAUAGCAGUGGUGGAAGACACGAACAAGAACACUGUAACCUCUGAUGAUAUGGACACCAAGUUGAGAGAAGUUGAAUUGAAGAACACCGAGUUGCUCGAAAGAAUAAAUUCCUUGGAAGCUGAAAGAUUUGUUGCCAGCUCAAUUGAAAAGAGUCGUAUUCAAAAGUUGGUCACCGAAUUCGACAAUCUGAAACAAAAACUCGACAAUGACAUGAGCAACUACAGUAAGGAGAAACAAUGGCUUCAGUGGAGGAUUUCAAAUUUGGAGAAGGAUAAUUCAGAGCUUCAGAAGCAAAUUCAGCCAAGUAUUGAGAAGUCUCAGGAGUCUCUAAAUCGAACAAACUUGCGGAAGACAAUGUCAGAACCAGAUUUUGGAGACAAUAUGAGUGUUGAAGGAGAUGCAGCAUCGACUAAUGAUAGUGCAGAAAUUUCCAGCUUCAUGACGGAGAGUGUCACAGCUCCGGUGAUUAGUCUUCAUUCAGAGCAACCAUUUUCACAACUUGCUGAUGUUUUGAAUCUAGUAAGGUCUGAUUUGGAGCAAGUUCUUACUGAGAUUGAGGAGCCAGAGACUGUGAAAACAGAUGAGCCGCAAAUUUCUCUUGAAAAAUCGACCAGUAUUCUGAACGAUGUGUUGAGCGAAUGGGCUGAAGAUGAACGAAGAACUUUGGAGCGGCAAUUAAAGCGAUCCCAGGAAGAGCGAACGAUUCUCAAGAACAAGAACAAUAGAAUGUCAAAGGAUCUUCAAGUGGCGAUGGCGGAGUUGAAUGUGUACAGGUCUGAGAAACCACAUAAAGAAGAUGAGCCGAAGAUUUUGGAACGAAGCUCUAGUUUCUCCUCAUUCAAUCAUGCAAAAAUAGAAAACGACACACAAAAAUGGAAAGAAAAAUCUGGAACACUAUUCCGAGAAGUGAACAGAAUUCGGCAAAACUUGGCAGAAGCGCUCGAGCAGAAUAAUGAACUCCGAUACCAACUAGCAUUAGCGAGAGGCGAACGAGAAUUAUCUUACUGUAUUGAAAAAGAUACACAAUAUCCAAUUUCCCCGUCUUUGAGUUACCAUACUGCGCAUGAGGGUCAACGAAAGGAUGAUAUUAUUGUUCACGAACCUCAGGAACCAUUCCAAUUGGGAUCCUCGAAAGCUAGUUUGUCUUGUAGCAUUAUGAUUCGAAGUAACAGCCUGGAUAGGAAAAGUCAGCCAAGAGAAAGAAGUCGACAAAGAAGUCGAAGUGCAAAUCGUAGACCUCCAAUUUCAAAAGAUGAACUUUCGAAGCGGGAGAAACGAAGAGAAAUGAGAGUGAGUCAUUUUCCUGCAACUGAAUUCCAAGAAUCCGGACGGAAUGAGUCAUGUAAUUUCAGCUCCCGAAAGGCGUAUCUCGAUCUUCAUCAGUCACUUCUCUUUAUUUCACAUCAAAGGAACAACAGUGAGUGUCUUUUAUGGCAAAAAAAGAAACAUAAUAUUUUGAAAGUGAUUCCUAGAGAAGAUUGGAAAUAUUUUUGCAGAAAGUUGCCAUUAAUGUCCGCUUCUUGGCAUGAAAAAGCGUUGGAAAACGAAUUGCUAGAUGGCGACACCGAUUACGACAGGAGAAAUAUCCGGGUGAUAUCACUUCGUGAAAAAGUUGGCAAACUAUCUCGAGAAAAUAAGGAUCUACAAGCCAAACUGACUUAUUUCACUGCUUCUCAACCAGAUUCUUCCAAAAUGCUGGAGCUUGAGCAAGAAACCGAGGAACUGAAAUCAACUGUGAAAGAAUUGCUCCAACGGGUCUCACAAGCUACUCCGAAUUAUGAUCGCCAAAUUAAACUGCUUCAAGAUGAACUAGACAUCCGACGUCAAGAAAGCGCGAUGUAUGAGAAAAAGUUAACUGAAAUUGAGGAAGAACGGAAAGAAAUGUACUUGGUGAUGUUCAAAAAAGGACAACAAGCAGCUAAUAUGGAAAUCACGGAAGACAAAAUGAUGGAUGCAAUGACGGAAGACAGAGUUACUCUCAAGUUUCUACAUGAUGCCUUUUAUUAUUAUUUAUUGAACCGUGGAGAUUCCCAGGAACAUUUAUCGGUGUGUUUUGUUAUGAUGACUAUUCUCGGUUUCACAGCUGCUCAAAAGUCCGAAAUCGCCAAUCAAAAACGUGGUAGAUCAAAUUGA